AUGCUAGCCUGGGAUGCGUUAACCUACGCCACCGCCAGUCUCUGUGCGUUCUUCGUCUUCCUUCUCUUCAAUAUUCCACCCUUUGCACGAGGUGGUCAGCUGUGGUUAAUUGGCCUCCUACUCACUGCUUUUGGCUGGGCUGUGAUCCCCGAGAUGUACGUCCUCUCGGUCCUCUUCAGCACCCCCACCUCCGGCCUCAUCUGGCUCGGUGCACUCAAUAUCUUCUCUGGCAUAAUAGGAAUGUUGAUAGUUGAAUCGCUCUGCCUACCAAUGAUUCAUCAGCAGCUGCUGGCCUUGUACAUUCGCAAGGUGCUGAUCUUCUUAUCACCGGCCUACGCUCUCACAGAUGCCAUAUUUUCAGUCCACACAAACUUUGAGUACACUCGUCUCUGCGCUGCUCCCGAAGUCCAGUCCUUUUGUUUGCUGCUCCCUCAGCUGCCCUGCUGUCUUCAGACCUGUGAUCCAUACUGUGCGUACUACACGGACAACGUCCUAGCCUUCACAACCGCCGGAAUUGGCAAGCAUUUGGUUGCAAUGGCCGUUCAAGGCCUCGUAUUUGGCUUUUUCGUACUUGUUGCCGACACAGUCGUCGCUCGACGCCUCUGGAUUACCCUCAAGUCCUGUUAG